AUGCUCUUCUCAAUCUCACCUUAACCUCCAUUUCAAAUUCAUCAUAGAAAAUAAACUACUUUUCAAAUUAUCAAUAUGGUUGAUCAUCCAAUCCUUUUUAGAUUCAAAAAUGAUAAUCUUCUAAGAAUAAUGCCUUCUUAUGGCAUGAUUGCUCCCAACGAAAGGAAAUUAAUUUCUGUUACAAAUAAAACUAGUCAAUUUGAUAUUGAUGUUUUAUUAGAAGCUAUUAAUUAUGUUGAAGAAUAUCUUGAUAUGCUUGAGUAUUCCAACCCACAAUUAUGGGUUGAAAAAUAACCUGGUGUAUUAUCAACUCAAAUAUGUUCUAUAAGAAUGAACAUCAAUACAGAUUCAUCUAGCACCUAGUAAUCAGAUAAAAAACAAACUUUUGAAGAAGUUAUGAAAUAAGAACCUAUGCAAUUACAAAGAUCAUAACACACUUUUAGUCGGUUAUAAGAAUAAAUUGUUCAUAAAAAUAGUCUUGAUGGUUAAGAAAGUAGAACUUCAAAUAUAUUUAAUAAUAAUCCAAGUAUAAGUCCAAUACUGUAGGAUGCAAGCAGAUUAAGUGCUAAUAUGAGUAGAGAUGUAAAAUAACCGACCUUUUUUACAGAAGCUUAUGAGAUACCUCAAGAGCCUAUUGAAAAAUUCUAAGAUAAAAUGGAUCCUGAAUAAAGUUAUAAUAAUGAACCUUAUGAAUCUGGUAAUUUUAGAUGCAAUGAUGAAGAACGAUCAAAUCAUGAAGUAUCAGGAAUACGAUCUUAAACUUCUAUUAUGAAAGUUGAAUAAGCAUAAUUAAUUUCUACUUUAAAAUAAAAAGAACAAUAGAUUCUCAAGUAAAUUGAUUAAAUCAAGACAAGCAAAGAUUAGUUGAAUGAUGAAUUAGAAAAAUUAAAAUUUAAAGCAAUGUUCAAAAAUAAAGAUAACAAUAAAUGUAAGACAAUUAUAGUUAUUUAUAGAGGAUUAAUAAAUAUUAAUUGGACAUCUUUUAAUCGUUAGUGUAAUAUGUCUAAUUUUAGGAGCAUUGUUAAAAAAGAUUUAAUAACUUUUUUGA